AUGGAUGGCCACAUGGGAUUGGCUAACUCUUUAGCUUUAAAAUUAGUUGGAGUUACAAGUAACAUGCAUGAUCCAGUUGUGGAAUUAUUAGCAGGAAUGCAAAUGGAGGCUGAGGCUGACAGGGAAGCAGGGGGAAACAAGGGUGUUUCUGACAAGCAAAUUCGUUUAAAGAUUUUCUCUCCUAAUAUUGCUGGAAAUGCUAUCCAGGUGGUAUUUGACUCCAUGCACGAGAGGCUGCGUACACAUGCUGAAUAUGUUGCUUCCUUUGGAGUUGGUGCUCGAGAAAAAGUGAUGAUUGAGUCAAGAUUUAAUGAGCUUCUUGCUCAUGCUAAAAUACUUCUGAGGAAGAAAUGGUUAUUUGGAGUACUGGAUGACUUUGUCACCAAACAACUACCCCACAAUGUUACUUGGGGAUUGAGCUUGUUAUAUGCUAUGGAGCACAAAGUUGAUCGUUCAUUGACUUCCACUCAAGGUGAGCUUGCACAAGCAUUGCGGUUUUUGGCAUCAGUUGUAUCUCAAAGCUUCUUGGCCUUUGGUGACAUCUUGGAGCUGCAUAGAAAGUUCAUCGAACUGUCUGGUGGUGUUCAUUGGAUUUUUGAACUUGAGGAACUUCUUGAUGCUGCACAAUCUGAUGAAAAUGCCAGUACUUCAUCAAAGUCCAAUGAGGAAUCUGAGGAUGUUAUCUCUUUUUCGGAGGUUGAUAUUAUCACGCCAACACAGAAUUUAUUAGCCAGAAAGUUGACUUGCGAGAUAGUAUCAGGGAAAAGCCUUCUUCUUACCGGAUUGAUGAAAGCGAAUAGAUCUAAAGUUAGAAGAGGAAAAGAAAGCUCAAACUGA